CAGUGAGCCUGUCUUCUUCUCACGCGCCAGGCUGUUUUUGGAUGAAGGCAGACAGGACUGUAUUACCCCAGUGCUUCAAUGGCGAAACAGGGCUGGUUUCGUCCCGUUUAUAGAUGAAGACAUUUACACUCUUUUUCUUCUCCUCGCGACUCAUUUUCAACAAAAUGUGGGACGCGCGUUCUCUCGGCGGAGACCGCGGACUUCUCUCCUCCGCUGUAGCCGCUUGACUGGAGGGGGGAUCCCGGCUCCCAUUUCAUCCUUUACUCCCUCAGGAACGAGAGGAGUUUGCAUGCAAAAGGUGGUUUAUCUCGGCAAGUCAUGGAGGGACUUUGCUAAAGAGGAUCCUACUUAGUUUAAUACCUUAGACCCCUUUUUUUCUACCCUCUCCCCACCUUUUUUUUGUCAUUUUUAACAUCCUCAGUAAGUCUCCUUUUCCAUCAAAAUGGCUGAGAAGAUUGGACCAGCAGGGCUCAAGCCCACCAACAUCAGAAACGCUCCCUCCCUGCCCCCUGAACCCAUUGACAUCAUCCGCACCAAAGCCCGCUCCCGCAGAGUCCGCCUCAACGUCGGGGGUCUGAACCACGAGGUGCUGUGGCGGACCUUGGACCGGCUUCCCAGGACCCGGCUUGGCAAGCUUCGAGACUGCAACACCCAUGAGUCCCUUAUGGAAGUCUGCGACGACUACAGCUUGAACGAAAACGAAUACUUCUUCGACCGGCACCCGGGGGCCUUCACUUCCAUCCUGAACUUUUAUCGCACAGGGAAGUUACACAUGAUGGAAGAGAUGUGUGCCCUUUCGUUCGGCCAAGAGUUAGACUACUGGGGGAUUGACGAGAUCUACCUUGAGUCGUGCUGCCAGGCCCGCUACCACCAGAAAAAGGAGCAGAUGAACGAGGAGCUGCGGAGGGAGGCCGAGACGAUGAGGGAGAGAGAGGGCGAGACAGAGUUUGAUAACACCUGCUGCCCAGACAAGAGGAAGAAGCUGUGGGAUCUCCUGGAGAAGCCCAGCUCCUCAGUGGCUGCCAAGAUUCUAGCCAUCAUCUCGAUCCUGUUCAUUGUCCUUUCCACCAUCGCUCUGUCUCUCAACACCUUACCAGAGCUCCAGGAAACAGAUGAGUUUGGCCAAGCCAACGACAACCCAAAGCUGGCCCAUGUAGAGGCUGUGUGUAUCGCCUGGUUCACCAUGGAGUACCUCCUUCGCUUCCUCUCCUCUCCUAAUAAGUGGAAGUUCUUCAAAGGCCCACUGAAUGUCAUUGACUUGUUGGCUAUUCUGCCCUACUAUGUCACCAUCUUCUUAACUGAGUCCAACAAAAGUGUUCUACAGUUCCAAAAUGUGCGCCGUGUGGUGCAGAUAUUCAGGAUCAUGAGAAUAUUGAGGAUCCUGAAGUUGGCCAGGCACUCCACAGGCCUCCAGUCUCUAGGGUUUACUUUGAGAAGGAGCUACAAUGAACUGGGGCUGCUCAUUUUAUUUCUUGCCAUGGGCAUUAUGAUAUUUUCCAGCUUGGUCUUCUUUGCUGAGAAAGAUGAAGAUGCCACCAAAUUUACCAGCAUCCCUGCCUCAUUCUGGUGGGCAACCAUUACAAUGACAACAGUGGGCUAUGGGGACAUUUACCCACAAACUUUACUUGGAAAAAUUGUGGGUGGUCUCUGCUGCAUUGCAGGGGUGUUGGUAAUUGCCCUUCCUAUCCCUAUUAUUGUUAACAACUUCUCUGAGUUCUACAAAGAACAGAAGAGGCAAGAGAAGGCCAUCAAGAGGAGAGAAGCACUUGAGAGAGCCAAGAGAAAUGGCAGCAUUGUGUCAAUGAACUUAAAAGAUGCCUUUGCCCGCAGUAUGGAACUGAUGGAUGUGGUGGUAGAGAAAGGAGAGGACAAAACCUCCAUUGACAACCACCUAUCGCCAUGCGGCUGGGAUAGCUCAGUCAGGCACUCCUCAGAGAGUAACCUGAAAUCCCCAGAUAAAAGAAACCCAGAGUCCCUGCUGCAAAGCUCCCCUCAACGAAUAAACAUCAACACCACUGGAAGUCCCCAGCGGACAAAUAGGACCCCACAGCACCUUAAUGCUCAAAAACUGGAAGAGAUGUACAACCAAAUGACCAGAUCACAGUCUUUCACCAACCUCAAUACUACAAGCUCCAUGAGCACUCUGAGCACAACAAUGACUGCCCCUGGUUCACCCAAGAAAUCUCACAGCUCUGAAUUUACAUUAAAGGAAGAAGUAGAACUAGAGAUGAAGGAGGUACAACCCUCCCUGCCAGAUAACUUUGCAAGCUGCUCUGCAAACCGAAGAAGAAAAAGCUCAGACUCAGGUGAGGCAGAAGUUGGGCCUGGUCAAAGCAGACACCACAAGGCACCAUCUGCUUUGGAUCUUAACCUACUGAGGACCAUUGAUGAACACAGCUCUCCAAGCACUAUACACAAGGAUGGCCUCUAUGAAUCUGUCAAUUCUGGAGACGGCUCAGAGCUUCAAAUAGAGGAAGGGGAGAGCAUCAACAGGGCUGUGGAGAACAUCCAGAGCUCUCCAAGAGGGAAUAAUCCUCUGAAAAUUAAAGGGUUGAAGGUGAACUUCAACAAAACCUCUGCUGAAGGCCCGCUAACACCGCCCAGCACUACCUCUCCUGGAGACAUCAGCUCCAGCAUCCUGGAAGACGAAUCGCCAGAGGGGGAGACGUCACCCCUUAUUCCAAUGGCGGAGGAGCUGUUCCCAAUUUCUGAAGAGGAGACCUGUUCAUUGUCCCCUAAGAGGCUGAUUGUGGACACCCCACCUGGUGAUGAUGAUCCGGCCUCUGAGAACCAUGACGAGAAGCAUCUGAUGGAGGUUGCAGGCGCAGCGAUUGCACCAUUGUCACCCAAAACAGCAGCACAAAAUUGCACCGCAGGUGUGGUUGGUGUGGGUGAGGAUGUCAAGGCUGACAGCAACCAAAGUGGACAUAAAGUGGAGAACCACAUAUUUACAACAGAUAUCCACCUGAUACCUGGGGAAGGCAGCCUCUCCCCGACCUUAGAAACUAGCAUGUGACUGUGAGAGAAGCUAUGCGGGGACUGCAGAAACCACUGCAACCUCGGCUUGGUGUGUGGGAAGGAACGACAAAGGUGCAGUUGUAGAGACAGAAAUUUUUGCAUGGCAUGACAAGUCCCUUUUACUUGUGUUGUUGUGUAUUGCUGAAAAAGAAACUGCAGUGCUUCGUGCAGAUUUGAGAAUGACUUUGGGACAAACAGUGGGCUUAAACGAGGAGGCUUUGAAAAUCAGAGGGAAUUCAUCAACUUGUGUAGACAUUUUGGUCCUCCAAAUGUACAUAAUGACAGUCUCCUUUUUCUAGCAAACAAAGGAAAUGCACAGAGGGACGUAUCUGUAUAAAGCAUGCAUUUAAAAAAGACAGAUAUUUUACGGUGCUUAGUUUGCUGAAAGCACUCCACUGUAAAUACUAGGACAUCAAAGGCAAUGACAAUGCACAGGAUGGCAAAGGAAUACAGUCUCUGAAGGUUCAAAUAUUUGUAAUGUGAAAGGGGCUGGGUUGGGGGGGUUGAAUUGAGAGCCCAAAAGCUGGGUGUUGCAUCGUAGCGACCUAUUAAAAAAAAACAUAUCAUUACCUUUUGUGGAAAUGCAAAGUGUUCCCAUGGCGACCCUGUAAUGUUUUUUCGCGUUGAAAAUGGUGUAUGGAACUGUAAUGUUGACAUUAUUGUUUUUUUUUUUUGUUUUCAUAACAACUGUUGAACUAUCAGUUGAGCCGAUGUUCAGUUUUGGAAUUAACAACAGUGAGCAAGAAGGACAAAACACCAUAAUCCCUCUAAAUACAUGUAGUUGCCAAAUACGUAAGUAACCAGUAAGGACAGGAACUAUCAAGGGAAUUACCGCAAUAAAAAAAAAAUAUAUAUCUAUCGUGCGGUCCAAUAAAGUUUGAGCAAGGUUCAAGAUGUGUAGUUCCCUGUUCAGCCUUUUAAUUCCAUCCAAAUCACGGAAAUAAUCCUUAUUUACUCUCCAACAUAAAAUAUAUACACCUUAAAGUAGUUUUAAGAAUAAAAUAUGAAAUAAGUAGGUCUAGACUGGUUGUAGAAAAAAGUUCUACUGUAGGUAAGUGGGAUUCCAUAAAACAGAGUUAGGACUAUUUAUUAAUUCAACACAGUAGUCCAAUCAUCAAUACACAUAUAUGCUUUCAACUAUAAUGAUCUAUUUUGGCAAUUUAAACGGGAUUGACUACCACAAAAAAUUACAAUAUUCCUUGUGGGUCAAUGGACCAAAUCAAGCACAGUAACAAGCUUAUAACUAUCUCAGCUGCAUAGUAACAUACGUGACGACAUGUAUUAUAACAGUAGUUGUUGUUUUUCUCUCUCUUUUUAAUGUUUCUUUUUUCCUGCAUUGUGUUCAUUGUCCAACCCUCAGCACCCUGAUGUCUGUGUUGAGAUUUGUUCCAAACUACUGCAAGUUUAACCGGUCCUGCUGAUGAUGUAUAUCCUUAGUGUCUUGGAAUGUCAUUAUUGUGUUUAAUUGUGAACAAAACAAUUUUCAGUCAAACUUAAACCUAAAGGAGAUUUUUUUUUUUCUCGUCUUCUUUCUCGCUUUUUGUUUUUACACUGACUGAAAAUAUCUGUUUUAUGUUGCCUUUUGAUUCCAAUUUUAUUGCUGGAAUAUUUGUUUAUUAUUUCAGCAUGACACUUGGCUGAGUGUACUAGAGUUGUGUUUGUGAAAGCCGCACAAACCUGAAUGGUACCAAGAGGAAGUAUGUGGUUGAAUUCUCUGUUAUUGGUUUUGUUGUUUCUUCUUUCUUUUGCGUAUUAUUAUUAUCAUGUUUUUAUGUUCUGACAGAGAGGUGUGGAAUGUGCAAUACAGCAUACUGCAAAUCUAUGCAGGCCAAGAAAUGUGGCACUUUAUUUUCUGUCUAUGGGAUUUGUAAGUGUACAGGCAGAAAUUACUUGUAUUUUUCAAACGUUAUAUCUUUAAUAUGAGGCAAAACAGUAUUACAACUACCAGAAACUCACAAACAAUGCAAAUGAGAAUUUAAAUUAUACUUUUUCAUAUCAUAUGGCAUAUAUGCUCUCGAGCACCUUAAUGCCAGAUAUCAAUGUACCUCAAAUAUGAUUAUCUGUGGAAAUAGGCAUCCAAAUUGACCACUUUUGGCCUUUUAUAUUACUGUUGGAUUUGCAUUAAAAAAUCUGACAAAUUUCUGUGGGAGAUAUUAAGAUAAUCUAAUUUCAAUGGCCACACACAAAGGAUUUUAUGUUUUUUGUGAAUUAACGUUGAGAAUGAUCUAUUUUUUCUAAACCAAAAUGGAGCACGACCACAAUUUCCUGCCAUGUGGUGGUUGAAAUGAUGCGUGCCUUUUCAUAACACUGCAGUUUAUGAGAAGGUAGCGAGUCAUUUUGCUUUGUUCAUAUAGCACUGUACAGAAAAUUCUAAUUUUAUAGGAGAAAUCAGGUCUUUAUGUAAUAGAUACAAGUAAUGUUAUUGAGUUCUCAGGUUUUCUAUAACUCUCUGAUGUUCCAAUUGGAUAAAAUUCUCUGUUUUUCUUUAACAGCUAAAUGUCAACUAGUAACUUCUGUACUUUUUGAAAGGUGAUGUUGUCAAAUCCACACUGAUGUCUUGGCUCCUGGAGCAAGGAGCGGCAAUAUUUCCCCCUCCUCCGAAGUAAUCUGUGUACCACAUUCAGUGUCCACCCCAUCAGUGUUCAGUGAGGCAGGAAGCAGCACAAACAAAGGGACAGAAGUCGGACGGAUAGAGUUUAAAGGCUGAGAAUUCGACAGAGGAGAGUGUGAUGUGUCUAACUUACCACAGACAGGCGGGAGGGGAUCCCUGAACCGAUACAUCUGAUUAUUUCCCAUGCUGACGCCAUUGAAUGCUCCAAUCCUUACAGCUUCAGAGGCUCUAACCUCAUGGCAUGCCCUUAGAAACAGUGAUCAAUGGAUUGAAGGAAAGCCAGGAUGAGGGAAGGCUAUGAGAGUACAGAGGAGAGGUGAAAUGGAGUCCUUCAAUAUGGUAACAUCACAUCAGUGCUCAGUUGUGGUCCAUAUUUCCUUUUGUCUGUGUACUGUAUGCCCAGACCUACAUAAUUAAGCUCAGAAUUAUUCUUGGAGUUAUUGAUCCCUGAUGGAAACAAAUUCUUUGUUACCCCUCUGAAGUUAAAAAAAAAAGAAAAAAAAAGUGUGGUCAUUGGUGGUUUUUGUUUGGGGUAUUCAUUAGUCUUUUUUUUAAUGAAGGAAAUGACAUGAUAUCAUUUAUUUCUGUACCUGUACGUUCAAUUGAAUGUUUUCCUUCAUCCCAUGUUUUCUUGUUACCAUGUUUCUGUGUUAACCUCAAGUAAUCCUUCAUUUUGACAGGUAGGGUAGACCAAACAAGAGAUUUGGAUUGAUCAGCUAUAUUCUCCUGGGAUGAUGUUUGUGUGGACACUUACAUUAAUUCUGCGAGCUGACAGUAAACGCACUGUGCUCUGUCUCACUGUCUCACAAUGGCAUUAUCAUCUGUGAUACUGUGCAGAGAGGAAGGUUGUGUCUUUAUUUUCUCUGAGAGAAUGGGUAUUGUCCAUGUGGCUCAUGCGUGCUUAAUGAACCCUGCUCCCUAAAAUGCAUAAAGCAUUGUUUUCUUCUUAUUUCUCGAUGUAUUCUGCCUCCCACAUUUUUUCUUUUUUUCUUUUUGAUUUGUUAUUUUAUGUUUUGGAAAACAUAAUCAUUAGACACAUUCUAAGCUACAGACUGUUUCUGUACAAAACAACAUCUUUGUAUGCAUGUAGUAGUCCGGACAAUUAUGUGACCACAGAACACUUUGUUAUGGUACAUGUAUGUCAACAUUUCUGUAGAGCAUCGUUCCCCAUUACGUCUAUUAGCAUAUGCAGAAUAAUAAAUAAAUGUGUAUAUAAUU